UAGAGUAGCCGUCCUCCUAGGAACCAACCUUUAACAACAUGAGUUCUCACACGGAGCCUUCUGCGUCCGGACCAAUAUUCCGGAAGUAGCUGAGUGUGUUUGCGGAGGUUAAUUCAAGUUGUCCUUCUUGUCACUAACUAGCAGCUAGCAGGUCAUUCAAGUUGUCCUUCUUGUCACUAACUAGCAGCUGACCGUGAUGGUAAAGAAGAAGAGGCUCCAGCUCAUAGCGGACAUGGCUCGGAAGAUCCGAGCAUAUCGAGAAUGGAAAAACCGCCCGCGUGAAUCCCAGAAGUACGCGUUGGACUAUGAGACCAUGACGCGGCCUCACACGGGGAAGAUGCUGCCCGUGCUGGCUUGGCCGGACGUCCGGCGAGAAAGCCGCCUCUUCUCGCUGCUGACCGGUAUGAAGAUGUUCGGAAUGGGCCGCCUCUUCACCCGCAAGUCUUGGCUGGAGGACCACACGGAGCCUAGUUACUGGACGCUCACCAAAGUGAAAGUGGACUACACAGCGCAGAAUAUGGAUCAUGGCAGGGCCUGGGGCAUCCUCACUUACAAAGGAAAAGUGGAGAGUGAAGUGCGAGAAAUAGACAAGGUGAUGUACCACGACUGGCGCCUCAUUCCCAAACACGGCCAGCAACCAUUCCAGGACUUUGUUCCUCUGCCGGAGCCGCCCGUGCGUCACGUGCCAUACCCACCUCUGCUGCGUGCCAUCAAGCUGGCAGCAGUGCGGGGGGAGGAGCCUCUGCUGCCUCUGGAGAGAGACGUGACGCUCACCAAGGAGUAUUUCCAGAGUCAAGACCAAGGCAAGGAGGCAAUGUGAGGGGGGAGGAGCCUCUGGAGAGAAACGUGACGCUCACCAAGGAGUAUUUCCAGAGUCAAGACCAAGGCAAGGAGGCAAUGUGAGGGGGGAGGAGCCUCUGGAGAGAGACGUGACGCUCACCAAGGAGUAUUUCCAGAGUCAAGACCAAGGCAAGGAGGCAAUGUGACGUCUGUUCAAUCCUAUUAAAAGUAAGA